UACAGAUCGUCAUCAAAUGCAGUUCUAGUUGGGAAGAGCGCCCUAGCAAGAUACAAGCUCGCAAAUAAUAUGGAACCCUUUAUAGACACUGUCUCUUGUAGUCAGUGCAGUGUUAUUUACCAGAACACAAGAAAUGGGAUUGUUCAACCUCUACUUACAGAUUUAUACCAAAUUACAAUGGCCUAUGCUUAUUGGAAAUCUGGGAGGGUAAAAGACUGUGCUGUGUUUGAUAUGUUCUUCAGGCGGAAUCCAUUUGAUGGUGAGUUCACGAUAUUUGCUGGCUUGGAAGAGUGUCUCAAAUUCCUUCAAAACUUCAGGUAUUCAGAUAGCGAUAUUGAAUAUCUGAAAAUGACAUUACCAGGCAAUAAAGAAGAAGAGUUUUUUACCUACUUAAAACAGCUUAAUGCAAAUGACGUCAAGAUCUAUGCUAUUGAUGAAGGAUGUGUAGCUUUUCCUAGGGUUCCGUUGAUGCGUGUUGAAGGUCCAUUGAUUAUUGUACAAUUGUUGGAAACCACUCUGCUAACUCUUGUUAAUUAUGCAAGUUUGAUGUCUACAAAUGCAGCAAGAUACAGAAUAGCUGCAGGGGCUAAUAUUCAGUUAUUGGAAUUUGGUCUCAGAAGAGCUCAGGGUCCAGAUGGAGGCCUUUCAGCUUCAAAGUACGCUUAUAUAGGUGGAUUUGAUGGGACCAGCAAUGUAUUAGCGGGUAAAAUGUUCAAUAUACCUGUAAAAGGGACUCAUGCACAUGCCUACAUAACAUCUUUCAGUGAUUUUAAGGACCUUAAAACUAAAAAAUUAAAGGAUUCAAAUACAGGGGAAGAACGGGAUAUGCUUGAGCUUUCUACCAAAUGGCGGGGACCUCUUUCUGAAGUUAUUGACAUAAUGCCUGAUGAAGCUUCAGACGGAGAACUUGCUGCGCUCAUAUCGUUUGCAAUUGCUUUUCCACAUGGUUUCAUUGCUCUCGUUGACACCUAUGAUGUUAAGAGUGUGAUCACUUGCAGGAGCGGCCUUCUUAACUUCUGUGCUGUGGCAAUGGCAUUGAAUGAGCUUGGCUAUCGUGCAGUUGGAAUUCGAAUAGAUUCUGGCGACUUGGCCUACCUCUCGAACAAAGCCAGGGAAGUUUUUAUCAAGAUUGCUGACAAAUACAAUCUACCCUGGUUUGCAAAAUUAAGGAUCAUGGCUUCCAAUGAUAUCAAUGAAGAUACGAUUUUGAGCUUAAAUGAUCAAAACCACAAGAUAGAUUGUUUUGCUAUUGGUACUCAUCUUGUUACUUGCCAGCGGCAGCCUGCACUUGGAUGUGUCUAUAAGUUAGUUGAAAUAAAUGGAAUGCCCAGGAUUAAACUAAGCCAAGAUGUUGCAAAAGUUACCAUGCCAGGAAAGAAGGAUGCUUACAGGCUAUAUGGAGUUGAUGGCCAUGCCCUCAUAGACCUUCUUCAGAGAUCUGUUGAAACACCUCCUCAAGUUGGAAUUCGAGUACUCUGCCGUCAUCCAUUUCAAGAAUCCAAAAGAGCCUAUGUCAUACCUGCAAAAGUUGAAUCUCUCCUAAAAUUAUAUUGGAGUGAUGGCGCAAUUCAAGUAAAACUUCCAUCACUUGAUGGGGUUCGGAACAGAGUUCAAUCUUCAUUGCAAACACUACGCCAGGACCACAAGCGUAAUUUGAACCCAACUCCGUAUAAGGUUGCUGUGAGCGAUGAUUUAUAUAAUUUUAUCCAUGAUUUGUGGCUUGAAAAUGCUCCUAUAGGUGAGCUGUCUUGAAAUGUUCAAAUCGUUGAGACAUUGACUUUCAUUAAUUAACAAGUGCUUACAGUUUUGCACUAGCGGGAGCAAAACACAAAUAUUAAAAGACAGGGUCCGUCCGAAUCGAUAUACAUAUAUUUUAUCGCUUCUUUUACCAUUCAUAGAAGGAAGUGGAAUAUAAAUUUUGAAUAAAACCCCCGAUUUCCUACUCCUGUCCUAGGCUACUUAAUUUAUGUAGCUGGCUAAUUAGGAAAAACCAAGGCAGAUCCACUGAGGUCAGAGGUCAUUGCUUUUUGCACAAUCGCUUCUUUAGAAAAAAUAAUAAACACUUCGAAAACAUUGGCAAUAAGGAUUUUAAUGUAAGAAUAAGGAAUCAAUUAAGAUUUGACCUGUUCAAUUAAUUUAAUUGAAUUUUAUAUUUUUGUAAUUGAUAAUUGUUAAACUGAAGCAACUAUAUGACUGUUACUCUCUUAUUUAUUUGUGCAAAAUACUUUAUUGUUAUUAUUUCUACUGUCUUAAGAACUAUAUAUUAACUUGGGAUUUUUUAAUGAAAAGUAAUCAAUUUGUUUUUAUAAGUUAAAGCUUAUUUUAGCUCUUGUUUUUUUUUUUCUAUUAUGAAG